AUGUCCAACGAUGGCCAGCACCUUAACGAAGACUACUCGAAGUACAGCACAACCGACCUGAUCAAUCGCAUAUCGGGCCUCGAAGAGAAACUCCGCGAACAUAAUGCGCAACUCGCGGCGCUGACGUCGAAGUCGAAGUCGACACACACGCCCUCACCAGCACCGUCACGACCGCGCACACCGUCCCCCAAGCGGCAGGCCCGCCCCUUUGACCCAUCUCUCUACUCGUCGCGACAUAUAGCAUUGAGAUUCGCAUAUUUGGGCGGUCGGUACAAUGGGUUCGAACAUGCGAAUGGGAAUGUCACGCCCAUGCCGACGAUCGAGGAGGUGUUGUGGAAAGCACUGCGGAAAUCAAGGCUCAUUAGCCCCGAGAUCCCAGACGGUGUGGACGGCUCGAUGGAAGUGCUGUGGCCCGCGGGGGCGCGCAUGCAGAGAUACACUAAGGACGAUGCACCGGGAAAAGUACGACUGGAUUUGAAUUGGGAGGGGUGCCAGUACUCUAAAUGCGGGAGGACCGACAGAGGGGUCAGCGCGUUCGGGCAGGUUGUUGGGGUUAGAGUACGGAGUAAUCGGCCUCUGCCUAAGCAGGAAACAGAAACACAACAAAAUGGACAUGUAUUGGCGGACACUGCGAAUGUGGACGAAAAUAUGGACGCGGACGAUGAUAUGCCUGGCAUUGAAGUGGACGAUCUGGACGAGGACACAUAUGCGAAACCCUGGGAUUCUGUCAAAGACGAGUUGUCAUACGUGUCUAUUCUGAAUGCUAUUUUGCCGCCGGAUAUUAGGGUGUUGGCUUGGUGUCCUGAUCCGCCGCCAACGUUUGACGCGAGAUUCUCGUGCCGUGAAAGACGGUAUAAAUACUUCUUUACGAAUCCUGCAUUCUGUCCUGUGCCGGGACCGCCGGGGAUGAAGUUCGCAGCCGGGAAAUCGAGGCAGAUGAGAGAAGGGUGGCUGGAUAUCGACAAGAUGAGGGAGGCGGCGAAGAAGUUGGAGGGGUUACAUGAUUUUCGACAUCUGUGCAAGAUUGAUGCGAGUAAGCAGAUGCCCAGCUGUGAGAGGAGGAUCACGUUUGCGGAUGUGGUUGAGUUUGGAGACGUUGGCACAGCGUUCUCAGAGCAAGAAGGUUUGAGUCAGUUUGCGGGCAAGUCUUUGACACAAUCGCUGUUUGGGCAGACAGGGUUGUCUUCGACGGCCGGACCGAAGGUAUAUACUUUCUGCGUUCACGGAAAUGCGUUUCUGUGGCAUCAAGUCCGGUGUAUGGUAGCUGUUCUGUUCCUUGUGGGCCAGGGACUCGAGGAACCGAGCAUUGUCGAUGAAAUGCUCGAUAUCAACACGACGCCCCGCAGACCGACGUACGAGAUGGCGGAUGAUGCGCCGCUGGUGUUAUGGGACUGUAUAUUCCCUGCCGAUGAUGGUGACAUUGUCGAUUCUCUGAAUUGGCUCUAUGCUGGCGACGAAGCCAAUGUUCGGAGUGGUCUGACAACCAAAGGUGAUGGUAAAUUCGGGCCGGGAGGCGUCGUCGAGGAGCUGUGGAGCAUAUGGCACGAGGCCCAGAUGCAGGAGAUCUUGGCCGGCAGCCUGCUUGACCUGGCCAUCCAUCAGGGCGAUGGUAAUGCGUUGCGGAAAGGCGUGCAGAUCAAUACUCCAAGGGGACCAAGUCAUAGCCAGAAAGUUUUUCAGGGUGGAAAUGAGGCCAAGAGUCAUGGACGCUAUGUGCCUAUCAUGCAGAGACCGAGGAUGGAUUCUUUGGAGGCUGUCAACGCGAAAUGGGCAAAGAGCCGGAAGGCGAGGCUCGAUGUCGAGGGAUACGAAAACACAGAUUGA